AGCUGUCUGCAAGCAUUGAGCUGACUGGCGCCAUCCUGAAAGAAUGCCUUCACUGUAAAAAAACAAAAACAAAACAAAAAACACAGAGAGAGCAGUGCAUUCAGCGACAGAGGGAGUGAGCGCUAGAGAAAGAGAGUUAGAAGGAGGGAUGCAUUCAGAGUAAGAGGGAAGCGGGUUACUACUACUGCACAUAAACACAGAUUUGUUCAAACUUGUGUUCGGUCAGAAGGCAGAAAACGUAUCCAGAUCAACCCGGCUGGGCCUGAACCAUCAAAUGCACUUGUUGAGUUAAAUCAACGCAACUGAGAGAAAAAAGAAAACUUGCGGAACUUGACGCGCGUUUGGAUGCGUACGCGGACUUUCGCAUUUGACUUUCAGAAGUUAAUGCGCAUAUAUUCACGGAUCCGAUUUAGCCUAUAUGAGGUGCCGGCAAUUUGCAAAUUACUGAAAGAACGCAAACGAAAGGACGGACUGAGUAAAAAUUGUCUUGUUCAAUUUCAGGUGAUCGGAAGUAAAAGAAUCGAACCUGUGGAUUAAACAAAGGAGGAGUUUGUAAUUUUUUUUUUUUAACUUUCGUGCUCUGUGUAUCGGUGAGUGCAUGAACGUUUGCUAAAAGAAAUUAAAACGAUGGAAGCGGAGCAGGCCCGCUGGAUGACCCAUCAUCACCCGGUCAUUAACGGCCAGCAUCCCGAGACACACCACCCGGGACUGGGACACUCCUACAUGGACCCAUCGCAGUAUUCCAUCACGGAAGAUGUGGAUUUAUUGUUUAAUAUCGACGGACAGGGCAACCACCCGUAUUACGGGAACUCGGUUCGGGCCGUGCAGAGAUACCCACCGCCACCUCACAGUAGUCAGGUGUGUCGCCCAUCAUUGAUACAUGGCUCUUUGCCUUGGCUUGAUGGAAGUAAAGGCAUCGGCCCUCACCACAGUACUUCACCCUGGAACCUCGGCCCCUUCCCCAAGACUUCCCUGCACCACAGUUCCCCCGGGCCUCUGUCCGUCUACCCCCCAGCCUCGUCCUCCUCUCUGUCCGGAGGCCACUCCAGCCCACACCUCUUCACCUUUCCCCCCACUCCACCCAAAGAUGUGUCCCCUGACCCGGCCAUUUCCACGUCAGGCUCAUCCUUACGGCAGGAGGACAAAGAGUGCAUUAAGUACCAGGUGUCUCUGGCAGAGAGCAUGAAGCUGGAUUCGGCUCAUAGUCGGAGCAUGGCCUCUAUCGGAGCAGGGGCGUCCUCCGCGCACCACCCCAUCGCCACUUACCCUUCCUAUGUGUCCGAUUAUGGGCCGGGGCUCUUCCCACCAAGUAGCCUGAUAGGUGGGUCCUCUUCUAGUUAUGGUUCCAAAACGAGACCAAAAACAAGGUCCUGUUCAGAGGGUAGAGAAUGUGUUAACUGCGGGGCCACCUCAACUCCUCUGUGGCGAAGGGAUGGCACCGGUCACUAUUUGUGUAACGCCUGCGGACUGUACCACAAGAUGAACGGACAGAACCGACCCCUCAUCAAACCCAAGCGCAGGCUGUCUGCUGCUAGACGAGCAGGGACAUCAUGCGCAAACUGUCAAACGACCACGACGACACUGUGGCGGAGAAAUGCGAAUGGCGAUCCUGUCUGCAACGCCUGCGGCCUCUAUUACAAAUUACACAAUAUCAACCGACCACUUACCAUGAAGAAGGAGGGCAUCCAGACCCGGAACAGGAAGAUGUCCAGCAAGUCCAAGAAAAGCAAAAAGUCCCAUGACAGCAUGGAUGAUUUCUCCAAAAGCUUGAUGGAAAAAAACAGUUCUUUCAGCCCAGCCGCCCUCUCGCGUCACAUGAGUUCAUUCCCUCCCUUCUCACACUCCGGCCACAUGUUGACCACACCCACCCCUAUGCAUCCCUCCUCCAGCUUGCCCUUUGCCCCCCACCACCCCUCCAGUAUGGUCACAGCGAUGGGCUAGAGCACCCUGCUACCUCCAACCACCC